CGUAACGGGAAGCAACGCGCGGCUGGGGACUUUCAAAUGAGACAUAAGUCUCUCUUUUAUCAUACCAAAAAUUGAUCGGUUAAAAACUAAAUUAAUCAACAUCGUUACACCUGUCUUGGCGGUAAACUUUAAAAGAAUAAUUUAACAAUACAAAAAAAAAUAAUAAUAAUAAUUAAAUUUACUAACAAGUGUUAUUGAAAAUUUACUGGAAAACUGUAGUCAGCUGGUGCUGACGGCAGUUGGAAAGUCAGUCGGAAAAACAACGUUAAACUAAAAGGACGAAACGUAAAAAAAAAAAAUACUGUGCGUGAGUGAAAUAAAAUAAAAAUCAAAAAUUCGUGUUAAUAAUUUUUAGCUUAAAUAAAUAAUCAGUGCCGAGAACAAAAAUAUUAGUGUUCGAGUGAUUUAAAAAUUAGUAAAUUGAUUAAAAAUUUGGAUCUUUAAUUAGAACUUAAAAAUAAAAUACAAAAAGUGAUUUUUUGAUAAAAAAAUAAAUUGAGUUUUAAUAAGAAAAAUAAUUAGUGAAUUGAAAAAAAAAAAUACUAUGAUUUAGAUAUUGUUGUAAAUUAAUUUUUGUUUAGUGAGAUAUAUAUAGUUUUAAUUGAGUUUAAUAAACGGCUUCAUCACGAGGUCCGACGAGUGGAGCAGUCUCCUGCCCAGCUCCACAAUUGUGGGUGCUGGUGGGACAACAUGGUUAGGACUGGGUGCCGGUGGUGGCGCCGGUGCAACAACUGGCAGUGGAAGUCCCGUUGAACUAGAUGGACAUUGGGGUAGAAAGUUAUAUGGUGCUAGUGGUGCACCACCACCUCAUCAUCAUCCAAGAACACCACUUGUAUUUGCACCACAAGACAUGAGACAAAUACUUAAAGAGGAACCUAUAACACGUGCUUGGCCACAACCAGCUCUUGCUGACACAGCAACAGUUGGUAUUGGAAGAGCAAAUUUUGAAAAACAACCACCUAGUAAUCUACGAAAAAGCAAUUUUUUUCAUUUUGUUAUUGCUCUUUAUGAUCGUGGUGGUCAACCAAUAGAAAUUUCAAAUACAUCGUUCAUUGGAUUUGUUGAAAAAGAUCAGGAAACUGAUGGACAAAAGACAAAUAAUGGAAUUCAAUACAGGCUUCGGUUGACUUAUGCCAAUGGACACAUUCAAGAACAGGAUAUUUUUGUGAGGCUCAUUGAUUCUGCAACAAAACAGGCAAUUAUGUAUGAAGGCCAGGAUAAAAAUCCCGAGAUGUGUCGAGUAUUGUUGACCCAUGAAGUCAUGUGCAGUCGUUGCUGUGAUAAAAAAAGUUGUGGAAAUAGAAAUGAAACACCAAGUGAUCCAGUUGUAAUCGACCGAUUCUUUCUUAAAUUUUUUCUAAAAUGCAAUCAAAAUUGUCUGAAGAAUGCGGGCAAUCCACGUGACAUGCGGCGAUUUCAGGUUAUUAUUUCAACUCAAGUUGGAGUUGAUGGACCACUUUUGGCAAUUUCCGACAACAUGUUUGUACACAAUAAUAGUAAACAUGGACGCAGAGCGAAACGACUAGAUCCUGGUGAUCAUGGUGAAUACAACAGUUUAUAUCCAGCUUUGCCACUUCAAACACCUUGUAUCAAAGCAAUAUCACCAAGUGAAGGAUGGACUACUGGUGGAUCAACUGUGAUAAUUGUUGGUGAACAUUUUUUUGAUGGUUUACAAGUUGUUUUUGGUUCUAUGCUUGUUUGGAGUGAGUUAAUUACGGAUCAUGCUAUUAGAGUACAAACACCACCACGACAAAUACCAGGUGUUGUUGAAAUAACGUUGUCAUAUAAAAGUAAACAAUUUUGUAAAGGUUCACCAGGAAGAUUUGUUUAUGUUUCAUUGAAUGAACCAACAAUUGAUUAUGGUUUUCAAAGAUUACAAAAAGUACUUCCUCGACAUCCUGGUGAUCCAGAUAAAUUACCAAAAGAAAUAUUAUUAAAAAGAGCUGCUGAUGUAGCUGAGGCAGUAUGUACAAUGCAAAGAACACAUACAACUCCAGCAAUGUCAGGUGCACCAAGAAGUCCAUCAAAUCAUCCAUCAGCACCACCAACAUCUACAUCAAAUACAGCAUUUAAUUCUUACACAGGACAAUUGGCUGUUUCAGUGCAAGAAAAUGGUAGUGCAUCAAAGUGGACAGACGACGGUGGCUCAGUGAGCAGGAGUACUGGGUGUGGUGGAGGUGGUGGUGGAUCAAGUGUAGGUGGAAGUACAACAGAUACAUAUAGACAAAGCAGUAGUGCAAGUCCACGUGGUAUUGUUAGUAGUGGUGGUGGUGGUUAUUGUGGAAGUUCAGCAAGUACACCACAUAGUCACAGUACCAGCGGAAGUUAUUCUGUUCCUAAUCCAUAUACUGGUAGUCCAACACUAUACACUUCACGGCUAGGAGAUGUGGUUGGAUCACCAUUUAACAUGAACCCAUUUAUGCUGCCAACAUGUAGUCAAGGAUACACGAGUAUAUCAAGUCCAUUGCUUACAACAAAUAGUAAAUAGUACGAGGAAGCAUCGAGUAUUGAUGGUGAUGGAAGUCACUGAGAUAUUCUCAGGUACUAAAUCAACUCAACAUGAUCGAGACCACCCAGUUUAAAGUUUUAAAAAAUCCAUAAAUAAAUAUCAUCGAUCAUCAUAAAUUUAAUCAUGAUAAUCGUGAGAACUUUAAAAAAAUUUCAAAUAAUAUUUAUAUAAAAUAAAACAACAUAUUGUGUAUUAUAAUUUUUUUUUUAUUUUUCAAUUUUUAUUGAACACUUUUAAUAGUGACAUAGUGAUAAAGUGAAAAAUAAAAUUUGUAAUUAAAUUAUUAUAAAAAUAUUAAUAUUCAAUUUUUAAAAAAUGAAUAAAGUUUAACUUUUUAUUCUUAAAAAUUCAAAAAAAGCUAAAAAUAAUUUAUCAAUAUUGUGUUAGAAAGAUGAAAUAAUAAUUCAAUUCAAUUGGAAAAUAGAAAAUACAAAAAAAAAUAUAUAUAUAAAAAGAAAAUUAAGUGAUGAAUUGUAUACAUAUCGACAAAAUGAUAAAAAAAAAAAAAACAGUAUUUAGGAAAGGACAGAUAGUAGAUAUUAUUAUUUUUUUUUUGGUGGACCUUCAUCUUUGUGUGACGUAUUUCCUUGAUGUAUGCUUGGCUAUUCCCUCACGUCCACUCUGAGUUUAUGAAAAUGCCAGACAUUUUCUUAAAAGCGUUACGGUGUACGUCUGUAUACUGUGUUUUUUUAAGAAAAAAAAAAAGUAAUAAUAAUAAUUUUCUGUCUUGGUAUAUAAAAGUGCGCCUUCAAUCCAAUGUUGAAAGGACCUUGAAGGUGAACUUUCAAUAUUUUAUAACACCAUACACCCCAUCCCUUAUUCACUAUAGAUCGAAGGUCAAAAAAAAAACGAGAGUUUUAAAAAUUCAAACGUAUAAAAAUAUUAUUUUUUUCUUUUUUAAUUACAAGA